UGGACCCACGAGUCGGGGGGAGGGGCAAAGUGCCGGUCGUUCGCGACUCGCCCCAUGCCUGUUUGAUCCUGCAGCAGCUUGUCACAGAUAGAAGCUGAUAUCAAAUAGACAGCCAUCCAUACAGCCCCGCCGGAGGCCUUGCAGAUGUUUGGAACAUCCCGGGCUUGACCGGGCGCAUAACCACAGACAAGUGUUCUCGUGAUCCCCUUAACUUAUACGUGUUAGUCAGAGAGCAUGAACUCUCAGCUGUCGGCGCUCAAGCCGCCCAGCCUGGGCGGUGGCGCGCUUCGUCCUGCCAGCUCCCAGCUACUGGAGCCUUCGCCAGUCAGCGGUAUUGGUGCCAGCCUACGCCAAAAGCUGUUACCUGGCGGGCCAUCUGCAUCCAUGGCAAGCGGCUUGCUGGGCGCGGGCUCUGCUGGCGCGGUGCUGGACCACCUCAAGCGCCACGCAGACCGCAUGAUGGAGGAACAGGAGAGCACUCGUCAUGACGUCGCGACCUACCGCGAGAAGCUGGCGGACGUACAGAUGGCGCUGAACCGCACUGAGCAGGAGCUGGCGCGGGAGCGAGAGGAGAACGUGCAGAUGCGGGCUAAGGCCAAGGCUGAUUCUGAGCAAGUGUCAUACGUGAUGGAGAAAAUGAAGGUGGUGACGGCGCUGCAAGAGAGCCUGCGCGGCACCAUCAGCAACGUGUCGCUUGAUGUGGGCCGAGUGGACCAGUACCGCCGCAGCCUUGACGUGCAGCUGCUGGGCCAAGAGCAGGGGCUAUCGGAGGCGCAGGCGGCGCUGCACGACACCGCGGCGGCGCGCGACAAGCUGGCGGCCGAGCUGCGUCGAGCGCACGGCAUGGUGUCCGAGCUUCAGGCGCAGCUGCGGCGCGCUGGCGAGGACCUGGCGGGCAAGGACAGCCUGCUGGAGCGGCAGAUGGCGGAGGCGGCAGCCCGUGAGCGCGCUGCUGAGGUGCACGCUGCCUCGCUGCAAAGCGCUCUGAAUGUGGCCACCGCUGACCUCAGCGCCUCCCGCACCGCCGCCGAGCAGCUGCGGAUUGACCUGGACUCUGAGAGGACCCGCUCCGCCAAGGCCACGGCGCAGCUGACGGAGCGCUUCCAGGAGGCGCAGCAGCGCGUGCACCAGCUGGACCGGCAGCUGGCGGCGGCGCUGGAGGAGGCACAGGCGGCACGUGAGCGCAUCAACGGCCUGGAGGGCCAGGUGCAGGCUUUCAAGACCCAGGUGACCCAGGCGAGGGAGGAGCUCGCGGCGGCCCAGGCUGCCGUCGCUGACGGGAACUCGGAGCUCAAGGUCGCCAACGCAGAGAUCGAGCAGCUGCGCCUGCGUGUGGAGGCAACUGAGGCUUCACUGGCAGACGGGGAAGUGAACCUGGCACGUGUGCAGCGCGAGGCGGAAGAGGCGACCAAGCGCAGCGAGGAGGCAACGGGACAGGAGGCCGCACUUCGUCAGGAGCUGAGCGAGCGCCAGGAGGAGGCAGGCCGCCUGGCAGUGGAUCUGGCGGCGCUCAAGGAGGAGGCCGCGUCCAAGGAGGCCGCGCUCACCAAGGCGCUGGAGGCCGCCAAGGCGGCGGCCGCCUCGGAGGCCUCCCGCGCCGCCGCCGCCACUGCUGGCUCCGAGGCCCGCAUUCGCGAGGUGGAGCGCGCGUGCGAGUCCCGCCUGGAGCGCUUCAAGGAGCGCACCAGCCGCGAGAACGACGAGAUGCGGCGCCGCGUGCGGGCUGAGGCUGAGGCUGAGUCCAAGCGGCUGGCGGAGGAGCUGAAGAAGAUGGCGGCGGCGCUGGAGGCGGCGGAGAGCCUGGCCACCAAGGGCGCCGAGGAGCGCGAGGCGGCCGCCCGCGAGCAGCUGCAGGCCCUGCGCAAGAAGUCUGAGGAGGAGCUGUCGGCGCUCAAGGACCAGUUGAAGGAGGCCAACCGCAAGGCGCGCGAGCAGGCAAAGGAGACCAAGGCGGAGCACGACAAGGCGACCAAGGCAGCAAAGGCUGCGGCUGCCGAAGCGGCCAAGGCCCUCCGUGCGGAGCUCGAGGCAGCGCACCAGAAGGAGCGCGACGAAUGGGACAAGGAGAUGGAGGCCGUCACCGCCGCUGAGCGGGCCGACGCCGAGGAGAAGGCCAAGGCCGCGCUGGAAGGGCUACGGGCUGAGCUGACCGCUGCGGCUGACAAGAUUAAGGCCGAGGCGGAGGCUGCAGCAGCCGAGCGGGCGCGAGCGCUGGAGGCCAGCAUGGAGCAGCUCAACCGCCGCAUCACGGAGCUGCAGUCCACCGCCAACACGGACGUGGCUGCCCUCGACACCGCCCGCGCGCGCGUGAUCGAGCUGGAGCAGAGCCUGGCGGCCGCCGCCAAGGCCGCAGCGGACACGACUGCAGCGAGCGAGGCCGCGGCGGCGGCGGUGCGGCAGCAGCUGGAAGAACAGCAGCGCGAGUACGAGGCCAGCAAGCAGGCGUGGCUGCAGGAGCGCCAACAGCUGGUGAAGUCCCAGCAGGAGAAGGAGGAGGCCGCUGCCCGCCAGUGCCGGCAGCAGGAAGCGGAGCGCGCCGCACGCGACACCGAGAUGCGCGAGCUGGAGCAGCAGGUAGAAGCGCAGCGGCAGCGCAAUGCGAAGCUGGAGGAGCAGAUGAAGCAGCAGGCUGAGCAGCACCUGCAGGAGCAGCAGCGCCUGCGGGAAGCGGCUACCGCCGCCGCAGCGGCCGCCGCAACUGCCGCGGCGGCUGCCAAGGUGGAGGAGCUUGCUCGCGAGCGCGCCAAUCAGCGCGCCGAAGUUAGGGACGCCACCGCCGCCAAAGCCUUAGAUGUGGACGCCAACCAAACGGCUGCGGCGCAGCCGCCCAAGCGCCAGCCGGCUGCCACCCAGCCGGCCGCACGCGGUGACGCCGACGGCGAGGUGCCGCCGGCCACACAGCAGCCGGUCGCCAAGCCCAGCGACCACGACAGCGGUGACGAGGAGACAGCGGGCCUGUUCUCCCAGCCGCUGUCGCAGCCGGCAUCAAAGUCGACUGGCUUGCAGGGUGGACGUGCCAAGAAGAAACCGGCCACGACCAAGGCGGCCGCGACAGCCGCCAAGCCGCCCGCCACCACGACCACUGCCGCCGACAUGACCGCCACUCAAGCGGGCACCGGCGGCUCCAAGCGCCCGGCAGAGGCCGAGCCCAAAUCCGCGCCCGCGACCAAGGCAGUGGCCACGGCCGCUGAGGCGCAGGCGGCCGCUGGUGCCGGCAAGGCGCAGCCCAAGGUGGUGCGUGGCGGUAAGGUGGUAGAGGCGCCCGCAGUUGCGGACAACGCGGCGGCAAAGCCCAGUCCCAGCACGGCGCCCCCUGCGGGCCCCGACACCAAGGCGCAGCAGCCCGGCAAGAGCACCAUGCCACCGCCACCGCCGCCAGCGGCCGCCAAGGCACGCAAGGCGGCCAACCCGCCGCCCACGUUCACGGCCACAGCCGCGCCCCCCAGCGUGCCCGCCGCAUCUAACGCCAACACCGUCGCGAUUGCGGCGGCCGCGCGCAAGGCGGCGGCCGCGGUGCCGCCGUCAACGCGCGUGCCGCCGCCGCCGCUGCCGGCCCGGCGCGUGCACGACGAGUUCGCUGACCUGACCACCGAGAGCGAGAUGGACGAGCCCAGCCAGACUCACAGCCAGGACGUGUCGGUGCAGGGCAACGCCGCCAAGCGCCUCAAGUCUGCUGCGGACAAUCGCGCCGCACCGGCACUGGUGGCAUCGCAGCAGCCGGCGGCGACCAAGGGUGGCCGCUUCUCCCUGUUCCAGGGCAUGUCUCGCGGCAUGUCGGUGCAGACCACAACAGCGGACGCCGGCGGACACGAGGUCAGCUCCGCAACGGGCAUCCGCAAGGGUGCCGGCGCGGCCAACAAAGGCGCCAAGGCGCAGCGCGGCACGGGCCGCAACAAUAUGGGCGGUGGUGGAGGCGGCGGCGUGAUGGACCUGUUCGCUGGCAUGUCACCCUUCCCCAAGGGCAAAUGAGAUGCUAAGGCGUAGCGAGCAGUGCGACUGGA